GAGUAGUACUGUAUUACAGUUACGUCGACUCAUGUAAUGCCAAAUGACUCACAGAUUUGUUUUUGUCUACAAAUCCAACACUCAAUGACUGACUGAAUGAGUGAAUGAGUGCUCUAUUUCUCAGUCAUUUCACUCACUCUACCAUUGAAUGCAUUCAUUGCUAACCAAUUGUUUGCCAAUUGUUAGCCAAUUAUAAUCACAAAACUCGCUGUAAUUAGUGGCGAACCACACGAAUGCCUCACUCCUAUCAGUGAUCAUAAGAUCUUGUAAUCACAGAUUGUCUGCCACUCAGCCAAUGAUUGUUUGAUUCGUGCGAUCGCAUCAUAUCUCAAGUAUCUGUUAAUUGAUUUGUCAAACACUUGAACGAUCACCUAAUUGUCUCAUCCGAGUGUCAGCCAUGUCUCAGCCAUCAGGGAGGUCUCGACGUCCACCCAGGUUACCCCAAUUCAAUAUCCCCGUCGAGUCCACACCACCACCAAUGCCACCGCCAGACAAUUUGGACAUAAGGACGACCAUACAAAUAGGAGACCAAACCAUUGACAUCGAUGCAGACAAUCUGGAGACUGUGGUCGAGUUGGGUCGCGGGGCGUACGGUAUCGUCGAGAAGGUGAAACACAAGUCCACGGGACUCGAGAUGGCCGUCAAAGGAGACCUCUGGCUCUUUAUGGAGAUAAUGGACGCCUCUUUGGAUAAGUUCUAUCGACUCGCGUACUCACGAGCGGACACCUCGAGCGCGGAGAACGCCAUUCCAGAGGACAUAUUGGGCAAAAUCGCCUCGUGUAUCGUAAAAGCGUUGAAAUAUUUGCACGAAAUGAAGAUCAUCCACAGAGACGUCAAGCCCUCCAAUAUCCUGAUCAGUCGCAACGGUGACGUCAAGUUGUGUGACUUCGCUAUCCACAGAGACGUCAAGCCCUCCAAUAUCCUGAUCAGUCGCAACGGUGACGUCAAGUUGUGUGACUUCGGUAUAUCCGGACAUUUAGUCAAUUCAAUCGCUCAGACAUUCGAAGCCGGAUGUAAGCCAUAUAUGGCUCCCGAGAGGAUUAAUCCCGACCCCAAACGCAAGGGCUAUGAUAUUCGCUCCGAUGUCUGGAGUUUAGGCAUCUCAAUGCUGGAGAUAGCGAUCGGCAAAUUCCCUUUUCCUGAGUCCAAGAGUCUGUUCGAACAGCUGAAGCGCGUCUGUCACGACGACCCGCCACGACUGCCUCUCAACAGGUUCUCCAAGGACUUCGAGGACUUCAUCGAUAAGUGUCUUCAGAGAGACUACGAGAAGAGACCCUAUUAUUCACAUCUCCUAACCUAUCCAUUCAUAACGCAAAACGAAUCCAACGAUAUCUCCAGUUUUGUGACCAAAAUCCUACCGCCGGUAGAAUCGACUUAAUUAUUAUGCAAUCAAUUGAUAAUUUAUGCGAAUCGGCGCCAAAUACUAUACAAAUGGAGUGCCUUUACACCAGUUUUGUGAGAGUUUAUGAUUGAAAUAAGAAGUCAAUUAUCACUUCUUGAUGAUCGACUU